CCAGGCGCCGCUGUCACACAACUCACAAUAUAUUUUAAUAAAAAUCUGAGAAUAAAAGCAUGCUAGAAGCACGUUGAAGGCUUUGAUUGGAUAUCCCUCUGACUUUGAUCAAGAAAAGCAUGGGAUAAAAGUUGAAAUUUUGCUGCGUUUUUGCUCAAAUUGUAUUUUUUAUGGAAGUCUCAAGCUCAAGAAAAACAAGGACUUGUUUUCAACUUUAUUGAACAGCCUUGAAACAAAAAAUGGCAGAGGAGUGUGAAGGAAAUACACAAACUCAAACGCAAAAUUCGCAAAUAGAGUGGAGUGAGCCGGUUCCUUCCUUACCGAUCCCCAUUAUUUGGGGCCGGUUAUACAGCAUAGCUGGAAAACAUUGCUGGCGUAACGAGAAACAAAAUCCUGAAUAUUAUGAUCUAAUAAAGGCUGACUUUACGCUUGGAAGAGCUCCAAGUUGUACAUUUGUAAUGAAAAAAGAUCUUAUCAAGGAUGAUAUUGUUAAAAGUGUUAGUAAACAACAAUUUGUCAUUCAGCGAGACUUAACGGAACCCCUCAAUCCUGCUAUAAUAACAGACUUGUCAUACAACGGAACAUUCAUAAAUGGUGUGAAAAUUGGGAAAGGGAACAGCAGAGUGCUAGAUGACAAUGACGUUAUUUCAGUUACACACGAAAUCGUAAAAAUAUUUUUGUUCAAGGAUCUCUUGAAAAAUGAACAAGACAAAGUACCUAAAGAAGUAUCGCAAAAAUAUUAUAUUUCCAGAGUAUUAGGACAAGGAGCUUGUGGCACUGUUAAGCUUGUUUAUGACAAAGUGAAAUGCACUAAAUAUGCUAUGAAAGUAAUAAAGAAAAGCAGACUGUCAAAUGGGCAAAUAAAUCAUCUGAAUGAUCCAGUAAAAAUUAUGAAUGAAGUCAAAAUAAUGAAAGCAUUAAAACAUCCCUGUAUAAUAUCACCUGAAGAAGUCAUUGACUCUCGCGACGCGAUGUACAUAGUAAUGGAAUACAUGCAAGGCGGGGAACUGUUCCAUAGGAUCCACAAGCAGACUCGCUUGUCCGAGAGACACACUCGCUUCCUGUUCAGACAGAUGGUGCUCGCAGUCAAAUAUCUGCACUCACAGGGCAUCACACACAGAGAUCUCAAACCUGACAAUGUGCUGCUAGUGAGUAAUGAUGAAGAGACUGUGGUCAAGAUCUCAGACUUUGGUCUGAGCAAGUUCAUACGAGAGGACAGUUUCAUGAAGACCAUGUGCGGCACGCCCCUGUACGUGGCGCCGGAGGUGCUCAGAGCCAAUGGCCACAGGAGCUACGGGCCUGAGGUUGACGUCUGGAGCUUGGGUGUCAUAUUUUUCGUCUGUCUUGUGGGCUAUGUCCCGUUCUCAGCGGAAUACUUCAAAGACAUGACUCUGCAAGACCAGAUUCUGAGCGGCAACUACUAUAUAUCACCAGCGCACUGGCAGGGCGUCAGCUUGCAAGCCAAGGUGCUCAUGAAGAGGAUGCUGACCGUGAGCGUGGGCAGGCGGAUCACCCUCGACCAGAUACUUACCCACUGCUGGAUGCAGGACAAGGAUGUCAAUCUAAGAGUUGAGCAGUUGCUAUCGCUGCAAGAGCACAACCAUAGUCAGUUGGCUACAAACUCAUCCAGUAACUCAGAUGAGGAAAACAACAACAGGGGCCCAGUCACUCUUCUAAAAACCAUUGCGAAUAAUAAACGACCCUUGAGCAAUAGUUUCAGUUCCUGUGAACCGAUCCCAAAGAAACUCCGAGUCGCAAUUUAUCCCAGUGUUGGCAAUAAUGACGAUUCCAGCAAAACCGACAGCUACUGCUCGCAAGAAUCAUAGGCUGACUUACAGUGUUAAAUUGUAUCAAAAAGUGUUACGAGUAUGUUAUGUACCUGAUGUGUUAAAGAAAAUCACAAGUGUGACCUUUAACAACUUUUUUAAAAUUGUGUUGUUUAUGUAUGUUAUUUGUGAAAAUCCGAAAGCGGAAUUGAAGUAUUUCUUUUAAUCUCAAGAAUUGAUAUUUUUUGAUAAUUUUAUAUUAUACAUUACCUGGACGUUCGACCGGAUUGUUUGACUCUGAUACAUAUAUAGAGCUCUAAAUUAGACAGAGACUAUAUAGCAACAAUGACGUCACUGCCAUUUUCGCCAUAAAGUCUGUCAGUGUAGCGUUCUAGGAAGACAUGGAAAAUGAUAAUAAAUAUGAAAAGUUAUCAUAUUUUUUUAACAUUAUAUUUUAAAUUUGUUAGUGCCUUAACUGAGAGCUUAGAUUCUUACUGAAGGAUUGCUGAUUCCUAUCUCAGGCAGGCCUUGUGAUUUUUCUGACUUACCUAUAUAGCUUUUGCCUAGCUAGGAUAGGAAAGAAUGUUAAUUUUAAUUGAUUGUUGAUAUUAUAUUAUUAUAUCCUCAAAAUUUUUGAAGCAGGGUAAGACUGAUAUUUUGACAAUAACAUUUUUUAUGUGUGUGAAUUGUGUUUAUUACUGAAAAAGCUCGAGCUACGGUAAAUCUAAUCUUAAAAUCCCAAACUCUUGUGCUAAUCUUUAAUUUCGGACUUUACUUAGCAAAUCUUAGGAUUUACUUCAGAGACACGGUCAAGUCCUAGACUCUUUGUAAAGCGCCAAGGAGGUCCUAAACGAUGCGAGUCUACGAGCCUGCGUGAAGCGAAGGAGAGAUGGCAAGCGAAGCGAGCCGAUCACUUCCGUAGCAAAACGAAGAUUGAUUAGGUAAAGCUGAAUGAAGGGACGGCGCAGUUUCACAAACGAUGUUACCCAGCGAGCAUUGAGAAAAUCUUGGUGUACCCGUGUACACCAUUUAUCUAUCUAUUUAGAAGUAAAUGCCGAAUUCAAACUUAUUUUAGUUAUUCAAACUUUACCGUGUUUCUAUCUAAAACCUAAGAUUUACUGAGCGAAUGCUAGUAAAAAUCCGAAAUUAAUGAUUAUUUAUCAUAAAACAGUUUGGACUUGUACAAUUUAAGGCCUGGUAAAUCUUGGCUUUUACUGGUAAAUCUCAGGAUUUGCCAUAUUUUGAACUUUUACAGUAACAUAUUGAUUUAUAAAGUCUUUAUUUUAUUGACUAGUAAAGUCUUAUUAUUAUUGAUUUUAAUUCUUUUUGUAAUUUUUAAUACAAAUCCAGUGUGAUGAUACUACUACGUAAGUCGUUGAUUUUCUGUUAUUGAUUUGACAAUUUUAUUACUUACCUCCCAUAUGGGAGUGUGACUUGUAUGUAAAAGAUUGAUCAUUGACGUAAAAUAGAGAUGUACAAUUUCGGACCAAUUCAUGAUCUGAGCAUGCCCUUAUGUAAUGCCAGCCAAUGUUCACCUAAAUAAAGAAUUCAAUUUUGUUAACUUUUAUAAUGGUAGGAAAAUAAUUUUUGAAGCCCGUAACUUCGCUUGGAUUUUACGUUUUUUUUUAAAUACCGUGAAACUGAUUUUUCCCUGGAUAAAACAUGUCCCUGGUAUGCCAGCUAUUUCUGUACCAAAAAGAUGAUGCCUGAAACUUCGUACAUGUGGAUUUGGGGUUUUUAAAAUCUCGUGGGAUCUCUGAUUUUCCGAGAUAAAAACUACAAGAUUUGAAACAUGGUUUUUGUUAAAGACGUCGCGUCGGGAUCAUACUAGCUGAUCGUCGAAUUUUAGUUUUCCUAUGGUACUAUCACAUUCUCUUGUCCUAAUUUGACGAACGCCUAGCUAUGUCUGGGCCAAAUUAUUGUAAUUAACCCCCGACCCAAAAAGAGGGGUGUUAUAAAUAUGACGUGUGUAUCUGUGUAUCUGCCUGUGGCAUUGUAACUCCUAAACUAAUGAACCGAUUUUAAUUUAGUUUUUUUGUUUGAAAGCAAUAAAGUUAUCAGCUCUUUUCUAGUUACUGUAACCUUCACGUGUCGGGGGUGUUAUAAAUUUUAAAUUUACACUUGUAAUUUUAUCAACAUCAGUACAAUACCUACAUAAUAUAUGAAAUGGUAAAAUACUUUCAGAUGAAUAUUUGUGGAAACUGUUGUAUUAUGCUAUACUUUUAUUUUACGUCAGUGAUUAAGCUCUUUUUAGGGUUCCGUAGGCAAGAAAACUAUUAGUCCUGUAUGUAUGAUAAAAUUUUGCAAAAAUAUUUAAACUAUUUAUAUCUCUUGAACAUCAAACUUGAGUCAUAAUUUUUUUUACGUAGACACCGCCUCGAAAAUGGGAUUUCAUUGAAAAGGUAUUUGAAAAAGGUUUUGCGAAAAAAACUAAAGGUUUAUGAAAUAAUAGUCCCAAAGUAUUAGUUUCACGUCAAUAAUGUUCCAGCCUAGAAUAACUAAACUGCUAUAUUGAAAAAUUCUAUAAUUCUAGCACAUAUGAAUAAACAAAAAUUAUCAUGACUAUUGUGAGAUCAUUAAAUAAUGUGUAUUAUAGUUGGUCCUGGAACAAACUAUUUAUAUACAAAAAAUUACUUUGUUUUUAAUUAUUGAUCUUGUUUUUAGUUUACUGUAGGACAUUUUUAAACUACGGAACCCUACCUUAUGCGUGUUCUGACACUUGAUUAGUUUUUAAAAGUGCCUUGAUUAAAUUUAUAGUAAGUAUUUUAAAUGAUACCUCAUAUUAUGUAUAAUUAAUAUAAAUUAAGUACUUAAUUAAUAAUAUUCUCUCUUACCCACCGAAAGUGCCAUCAUGUUACUUACAAUAAAACUUCAUUAUGAAAAA